CGCUGCUUGGAGAGUCGUCCUUUUCGUCUACCCAAAAAACCCCACAUAACAGCAACAGCAAGCUCCAACAUCUUAACACAUCGGUUUUCCUCACACGAUGACUGCUACGAAACAUUUUGAUAUCGCAAUCGUCGGCGGUGGCAUAAGCGGGCUCACACUAGCAGUCGCCCUUCUUAAGCAGAAUGUGCCCUUUACAGUUUACGAAUCCGCCCCGAAGUUCACGGAGAUCGGCGCCGGGUUAGGCUUCGGGCCUAAUGCCGUGAAGGCCGUCGAGCUGAUCUCACCCGAGCUUCUCGAAGGGCUCAAACGGCGCGUCACGCUGGGGUGGGAAAGCAAGCGGCAGGACUGGUUCACGAUCAGGGUUGGCGACCAGAAGAAGGCCGGUCCGGACGGGGUGCUGAAGCAGAAGGAAAAAGAGGGGUUGAAAGUUGGAGACCCUCUUUUCGAGAUUCAGUACGGCGACGAUAGACUGGCUGGCGGUGUGCAUCGGGCACACUUCUUGGACGAGCUCCUCGCGCUGAUACCGGACUCGGUUUCGAAGUUCGGCAAGAGGCUGGUUGACAUCACUAGCGCUACGGACGGGUCGCAAGAUGCCGUUUUGCACUUCGCCGACGGAACUACGGCGCAGCACAGUGCCGUCGUCGGUUGCGACGGGAUUAAGUCGAAGACUAGGGAAAUUCUGCUUGGGGAAAAGUCGAAGGCCGUAUUCUCUGGGAAAUACGCAUAUAGGGGGUUAAUACCGAUGGGACGAGCCGUAGAGUUACUAGGCGCUGAGACGGCCGAAAACCCCCAGUUAUGGAUGGGAUAUCAUCGCCAUCUGCUCACCUUCCCAAUCGAGAAGGGCAAAACAAUGAACGUUGUGGCGUUUAGUUCUCGCGACACAUGGACCGACCUGCAGUGGGUGGUGAAAGCAUCAAAGGAGGAAAUGCUAGCCGACUAUACUUCAUGGGGCCCCGCGGUGAAUUCCAUCAUCAACUCCAUGGAGAAAAGGGAUGUGUGGGCUCUCUUUAACGAUCCGCCCGCAGAGACUUACUACGGCUUAAGCCCUCGAGUGUGUCUCCUCGGCGACGCCGCGCACGGCACCACACCCCACCAGGGCGCAGGUGCGGGCAUGUGUAUCGAGGACUGCUAUAUCCUCGGCCAUCUGAUAGGAGCGGCGCAAAGCACCCAAGAUCUCGACAAGGCGUUCAAAGCGUACGACGAGGUGAGACGGCCGAGAACACUCAAGUUGGUGAAGACCAGCAGGGAGGCCGGCAUGCUGUACGAGUUCGAGCUCGAAGGCGACGAUCUUGAGGCUAUUGAGAGGAACCUCAAAUCGCGCAUGAGCUGGAUCUGGGACGUGGACUUGCAGCACGAGCUGGAGAGGGCAUUGUCGAUUUUUAAGGGGUAAUCUUGUACGACCUUAGCAGUGCUUUAUAGAACGUCUCUUGUUUUUUUACUUAGAUACCUGCCGCUUCAAAUCACACAAUCUCAUAACAUCAAUAGGUACCUAAGUUACCCUAUAUUCAGAAAUCAAUUUCCAAGGUAGAUGACAUCAAAAUAGGUAUUGAAGGUACUGUACUCCUUUAGGCGAAGCAAUUAGAC